AUGAGCUCCGAGGGUUUCAAGUUGUUUCUCAAGAGUAUUCCAAACAAUGUUCCGAAAUCAAAUCACAGUGAACGCGUUUAUGCGAUGAGAAAGUACACCUCCCUGUUUAAUCUUCACUGGAGAGACUUUCGUCGAGGCAGAAAACAGUUCCGUGCUAGAAUGAUGGAAAGAUUCGGCGAAAAAUGGACGGAAGAAUACAUGGAGCUAACUAAAGAGUCCAGCCCGCCGAAGAUCACUUCUUUUUCGAAAGCGAUGGACGAGGAAUUAGAAGCUGAAGAAGAAUUGGAGAGACAAAAAGAAAACUCGAUUUAA